UGUGUGCGAGGGGGCCGGGGCAAGGAGGGGGCUUACGGCGUGCCCCACUCUGUUUUUUACGACACGGCUUUCUGUGUAACAUAAUUAUUGUAUUUAAUUUUGUGAAAUGUUUCGGUGUUAUUUGUGAAAAAUUGGGAAGUCGGUAUCGCGAAUACGAGAUGCAGGGGAUGGCGAGCGAUAAGACAUUCCACUUGAAGUGGAAUAACCACCUGCAGAACCUGAGCCAGCUGUUCACGACGAUCUACUCAUCGUCGGCUCUCGCAGACGUGACGCUCUCCUGCCGGGACGGCACCCUCAAGGCACACAAACUAGUGCUCUCAGCAUGCAGUCCUUACUUCGAACAAAUAUUCAGGGACAACCCAUGCCAACACCCCGUUGUGAUCCUGAAAGGGAUCCCAUUCUCAGAAAUCAACCUCCUUGUCGAGUUCAUGUACAAAGGCUCCGUAGAUGUCCAGGAGUUGGAUUUGCAGUCGCUCAUGCACACAGCCUCAGAACUGGAGAUCCGGGGGCUAGCUUACGAGGCCCGGGAUAAUGCAGCUCAAAUGCUGAAUGUUAAUCUGGAGUACCCAACCUAUAGUCAGACUCCGGUGACCACACAAACCACAACCUAUCCUCCAGCACGGACAGAUGUUGAAAGGUUGAAACAAAUCCACAUGUACCAGCAGUCGAUGAUGCGGGCCGAAGAGAUUCGCCGUCGGCGGCGUGAAGACACGCCGGGUACCCACACCGCUGUCAACAACAUCCUGGCCGCGGCUGCCAGGGAAAUGGAGGAGGCUCGCCACGCGGCCAACAGGGGAGACCGUGUCGUCGCCAGCAUUCAGACUGAACAUGAUCAGGCUGUCGCAGCGACAGCGACUUCCACGACGCCCGAGGUAAAGCGGGACCCUGAUGAGGAACGCCCAAAGAAACGUGUCUCCAUCCUGUCACCGGAGGACGAGAAACUCCGGGUGAAAAAGAAACCCAUGACCGUACGCUUCCAAGAUGAUAAUAAGACUGAUGAACGGGAACGCCCCAAUAAGAUCACUUCGCCGGGCGCCCCAAACGACAAAGACUCCGAGCACAAGAGCCCGGGCGGCAUCAAAGUGGUCCAGCUCGCGGUGCUGCAGAAACCUUCCAGCAAUGACAAUGAUGAUUCUGACGAGAAAGCCAACAAAUCCAACAUGGAGGACGACGAGGAGACGGACUCCAGCGGCUCCGUGUCGGACUCCGCCAACAACGACGUGGAGGGCAGGCCGCACGUGUGUGACGUCUGUGACCUAAGGUUUCAGAGAUCGUCGCAUUUGUCCCGACACAAACUAACGCACACGGGCGAGCGGCCCUUCACGUGCGGCGGCUGCGGGCGCUCCUUCGCCAGGUCUGACAAGCUGAGGGUGCACACCAAGAUCUGCGAGAGGGAGGACCCCACGGUGGACAUGGCGGGCGAGGGCGGCAAGCGGGAGCACAGCUCGGAGGUGAUGUCGGGCAUGGUGCGCACCACGCACCGGGAGUCCGGCCACCUCGUGUUCACCGCCAGCGGCGACGUCAUGCUGCCCCCCAGGUCGACUCCGGUGAUUCUCAACUCGACCUUGGAUUCUGUGAAGAACGAGUUCGCCGGAGAUCUACUGGAUCCCCCCCGCAGAGGCCGCGGGCGGCCGCGGAAGACGCCGCUGCCGCUGACGCCCAAGAUCAAGAAGAAGAGAGGCCGCCCGCCGAAGACUUCGUUUGACAUGGAGGGCUGCGUGCUGACGAGCGGCGUGGUGGGCCCGAGCCCCGCGCACGUGUCGCCGGCGCCGCCCGCGCACCAGCUGCUGAUCAAGCGCAAGCGCGGACGACCGCCGAAGAACUACCUGCUGCCCAGGACCGACGGAAGACCCAACGAAAACUACAACGCCACGAACCUGCCUUUCGGAGACUUCUCAUACCUCACGGAAAUGAUAUACAACCCGCUAGCAUUCGGCUACGGCGUCACCAGCGUCGACCCCGACAGAAACGUAGACGUCGACCACGGCACCACCACAGAGACCUCGCACGACCGGACAAUAGACGUGUCGGACUCUUCAUCGGACGAGGAGGAAUCUAGAGUCGAACCCGAGGAAAAUGUACCGCCCGUUGGAAUAGAGACUCAGAUAAUGACAGUCGGGGACUGUCAGAUCGUGAAGCUGCCGCCUAAUAAUGAGGAGAAGGAUGAGAAGCAGGAUCAGGUGGGGGAAAGUAAUUCAGUGGUGGCGUCUUCGAGUCCCGGGUCGGUGACCAUAACGCCGAUAACCACGGUGGGCGAUUGCACCAUAAGGCCAGUGGAGAACACAUAAUAUGCGCCACGUGUCGUCUUCCCCGUGGGAGUCAGCCAUAUUAUACUAUAUCCAGUGUAGGAGUUCGGUUGAGAUUACGCGAUGGCUGCGUGCGUGGUGACCUUGGGGGGUAGACAGCGGUAGUGGAGUUGUCAUCUGGGAUAUUGACGGUGAACAUUUGAUUUGUGUUGUGAAGAAUGUGUUUUUAGAGUUUAUUUUGUCAUCACGACAGCAUUAAAACAUUGUUAUCAUCAUAAAAUCACGACUCUUUCCAGGAGGGGUAGGCAGAUACGACAUCUUUCCACUUGCAACGAUCCCUGUAUAUAUCUUCCUCAUCAUAACUCUCUUUACGCAAGCUCGGCACUUGACCUGCAAGUGUACACAAAACCUUUCCCCAGGACAUCCCCGAUUUGAUCAAGGUACGUUCCUCUAGAUGUUCUGACUCCAUUUUUCCAUUUUCAUUUUCUGUGUUUAUUUUUUUUUAAUCAACCUGAUUUCAUUCAUCCUCUACACAUGACCAAAACCAUCUAAGAUAUAGUGACAGGUUUAGGGAAUCUAUUCCUGUCACUUGUUUGAUAAAAACUGUAUUUACAAAUUUGCGGGAAUGUGGAAGUAAAAGUGUAAAUACCUUUAUUUCUAUCAGAAUUCAAAACUCAUACAUGUAAUCACGUCAUUAACCCUUAUGGGGUUGACAGAGUCAACUGUCUCGCAAAGACUGCAAGACGAAAGUCCAUUAUAUAGAAUCAAGCAUUACAUAGAAUCUAUAUAAUGGUUGGAUCGUUUAUGAUGCGAUUUUCAUUGGCAGAUUUUCGAUUAAUUUUAUUCAAUAAUUCUAACCUCACCUCUUCUGGGAGUAAAGAGUCAUGACUAUUUUCAAUAACGUGCCUAAACUCAAACAUUCUAUAUCACGCACGCAGCCUGUAAGAAAAAAAAAUGUUAUGUUAAAAUUAAAUGAUGUUGGCUACGCAAUGAAAACAAGAGUAUAAGGUCAUGGGGCAGACAAUACACGUAGAAAUUAUAAUAUUAUUGUGGUGGCAUUCACUAGCAUGCGAUGUUAUAUUAUACAACUAUCGCUUGCCAUAGUAUCUUCCAUUGUGAAAUAUUAGUGCACUUAAAUAUGUGUACUUUAUAAUAAUAAAUAGAUCUGGCAUUAUUUGCUGAAACUUUAGGCGCGAAAUAUUAUAUUUUGAUCAACGUAGCAUAGACAUUAUUUAGCAAUGUCAAAACAGUAACAACAGAUUCGUAAUAUAUGUACUUCGUCGAAAAAUAUUUUGACAGUGUAAGACAUGUUUAUUAUCACGUUUUUAUUCUUAGGUGGUGUUCCGAUUCAGAGUCUCGCUAUUGAAAAAAAUCAAUUUUUACUCAGUAAAUGGAAGGUUUCAGUGAAUGUUGCCAGAUUUCAUAUCAACAUUUAACGUGUCCUAUAAAUUAUAUUAUAUACUCUUCGUAAUUUUAAGUGUGAUAGCUGCCACAAUGACUUAAAUUAUAUUUAAAAAAAAAUGAACUUCGAUCGCUUUAAAUUGGAAUAAUUCAUAAGUGACUGUCGAACUAUGCAUUUAGAUUGGUGGUGAAUUAAUAAUGGUGAUCUUAUGUACCAUAACGCCAUAAGCUUUACAUAAUUAUAACAGUGAUACUCAAUGUAACCGUACAGAUCAAAAUAAUUGUCACAAUGUUCAUAUGAUGCUCCACAUGGAAACAAAUAUCAAUAAUAUAUAUUUUAUACGAAUAUCAUUUUACAUAUUAUAUUAAACACAUCACAAUUAUCCAUAUGACAUGUCUUUGAAACGCAUUUAAAAUGCAUUAUGAAUAAAUAAGACUGUUUUUUCUCUGUAAUGUACAAUCGAGUGAUUUAAAUAUCUAUAUAUAUGUAUUUUCAUGUGGAACAUCGUGAAUUUACAUAGAUUUAAUAUUUUGCGAAUAUCUACAUAGAGGCAACAUAUUUACGACGAUGUUAAACGGUGGAACUAUUUAGAUAUGCAGUGUUUUAUGAUAUAAUGUGCACUUUGAAGUUGCCUUCAGUGUUUAUGAUUAUUUUUAAUGGUACGCUUCUCAAAUGACGUCGUUAAUGUUAUUUCAACUCAAAUUUGUACUAGAAUUGACUAAAAUACUGAUAUCAGAUAUAAACAGUCGGGGACAGAUAAAGCUGAACCCUAAAGUAAUGUUAUGUAUGUUACUUUAGGCCUCGUACGAAAUUUGCGCGACAUUAUUAAAGCGCUUGUGUGAAUCGGGCCUUACCUUACUACACGCGUUUUAGUCCUAUGUUGAGUUGAAAUAACGAUAACGAAGUGUGUAGUUUCUCUCUUCGUUGUCUAUGGAUCUGAUUUGAGUACGAGUAAUUUAACGAGACUCUAGCGGUGUAUAACGUAGCAUCUAUAAUUGGCUGUCUAUAUACUGUAAUUCGUUUGUAAGUCGGUUAUUUAUAACGUGUAGAUGUGCACGCUAUUCGCCUUUCCAUAUUCUGUAUCAAUCUGUGAAUAUUAGAUCGUAGAAUGUAGUGUCUUAGAUAAACUUAAUAUUCUAAAUAUUAACUCGGCAACACCACACAAGUGAUACCAAGUAAGCUUAUUUUUAGCAGAUCGUACGAUUGUGCGGCUAUGUGUACUAAUAACAUAUAUUUCUUUAAUCGUUUUGCCUGUAAAAGCAAUGAUUAACGUAUCGUAGUCUUAUAUAUUAAUGAUAUAUUACGCAAUAUAUAAUAAACCCCAUUUGACAGCUAGCCAUUUGUUGAGGCUGUAAGACAGCCAUGACGGCAGGUUUUCGAUUAUAUUUUUAUAGAUCAAAGCAUUUUAGUUCCUUGCGUCAACAGUGCGUGUUAUUUUGUGGUCGGCUCGGAAGUAUUAAACACGCAACUGACUCCUCUACUAUAAUCUGUACAGUAGUAUAGUUCCUAACUUGUAAUCGAUACAAAAUUAUAACCCUCGACUAGAGUAGCGGAUUAAAUUAAUUUCUUUUAACGUUUAGUUUAAGUUAUUCGAUCAAAUACAUGUUAAGUUCACUAUUAGUGAUAUGUUAUCGAUUAUUUCGAUGAGACUGCUCGGCGUUCUAUCAAUUUUCGUAUCGAGCCGUCGUCGGAGCCCUGCAGAGGCAUGUCACGAGCCUCACGGCAAGCUAAGGUUUACUGAGAAUUAUUUAAUAUAGGAAACUGUAUUUUUGUAAUGAAAUAAGAUAAUUUACUGAUUCAUGUGGAUUCUGUUAUUUUAAAAACGCCUCUCAAUCUUGCUUUAAACAAUCUCAAUGAUAAAAUUAAUCUUUUCAAACCUCCUUUUUCGAUUUUUAUUUUCCAUUUGAAGAAAUAAUAAGAUACGAAAUAUUUUCUUUCCUAUUAUUUCUCCAUCAAACUUUUAUUUUAUUCAAAUGAAUUGAUAGUGUGUUUUAUACUAUCAAUUCACUUGAAUAUAAAUAAUAGAAUCCACAUGGCAGUAAUCAGUAACUGCUACACAGUAAUCUUGUAUCCUACGUGGCGUAAUGUUAGCGUUUGAGUUAGUUAUGUUUUAAGCUGUCUCGGCUCUGUGUUGUCGUUAAGUUUACGUGUGUCUUGGUUUAUAUGCGGGGAGGUCAGUGUGCGCGGUUGCCGCCAUUUGAAGUGGUCACAAAAUGGCGGAAGUCAUUUAUGAAUACGUUACAUGAAUAUGCGAUUAACAGCAUUUUCACGAACGUUGAUAACGGCAUAUGUCUUAUCUUUUCUCUAGUUUUAUCGUGUCGGUGUUCUCUAUCUCAAAGAUGAAGAUAGAAAAUAAAACAUGGCUUGUUAAUAAAAUGAUAUUUAAAAUGGCAAUCGAAAAAUAUUUUUGAGUUUUUGACACAAACUGUUGUUGGAGAAUUUAUACGCGCAUGUUGAUCUCCCGGCGGUCGCAUUGGCAAUAUAAAAGUUGAUUUAUUUGUGGUAUAUCAGACAGAUCGGCGAACUAUUGCAUUUAUUUAAAUUUUUAUUUGGAAAUAUUAAUAUGGCAUGUUGAGGAACAGUUAAAAAAAAAACCGGUAUUUACAAAACAUGCAUAAUCUUUUUUUUAAAGCUUUAUUUUACAAAUUGCCUUGAACUGUAUUUCAAUCUCGUAAUUUCUAUUAACAUCUCAACGUGCCAGUUUUGCCAUAUAAAAACGAAGCUUAAUCCAAGGCUGUAUAAACUAUCACAUUAAUUUAACCCUGUGUACUCGAAUAUCCCUUGGCUUAACUUUAGUUUCUGUCGCGUAUAUCAUUUGGUAUGUCUUGUGUAUCGUUUUUAGUUGAUAUUAUUUGAGGGUGUCCACAAAUUAUGCGUUGGAACAAGUAUAUGGGUAUGAAGGAUAUAAAUGCUAAUAUGGUGACUAACUUUGACUAAAUAUUCUGGGAAACAAAAAAGAGAAUAAUCUCGGAUAGUAAACCUCUGGAUUCGAAGCAUAUCAACGGAGGGUGCAUUACUGAAAACGCAAAGAUAAGAGAAAGAAUAUCUUUUAGUUGAUUUUAUCUUUUGAUAAUGGUAUACAGUUAUGUGUGUUAAUGAUAUACAUUUUUUUUUAAUUAAAGUUAUAUUGUGUGAUGCAAAAAUAUUUAUAUUUUCAUCCGCCUCUAGCAAUAACUUGUGGACACUCCAUGUUUCUGAUAGUUGUUAGUUUAAGUUUUGGCGAUAAAUUUAUUUUUAAUUGUAGCAAACGAACGAUUUUUUUUUAUAUUCCUGUUUUGUGAAAUGUUCAUCAUUUUACGUUGUGAUCAUGUGAGUGCAAAAUUAUUAUUUUUUAUUAUUAUUCUUUAACCAGUUGACGGGCGUCAGAAGGGCAGCAGAUAUAACCCGACCGUUUCGUUCUGCAUAGUCCAAGAGCAGUAUUUUGUAGAUUUAAUCUUUAUAAUUAUAAACCUUUUUUAUUAUUUUAACAUUUAUCAAAUUCGAUCGUUAGUUAAUUUCUAACAAUGAAAUAUUUAAUAAAGAAAUCACAAAAUUA